UUACCUCUACUACUACCACUACUACCAAACUGCUACUCGUUUCAAAGCUAAAGAAAAAAAACAGCCAAAUAAAAAAUGAAGCAAAAAAAAUCAACAACAACAAAACUGGAUCCACGCGUGUGACAAUCUCAUUGUUUUUGUUAUCCCUCUUCUCUUCUCUCUCUCUGGUCUUUCUCUCUCUCUCUCUCUCUCUUCUCUGUGUGUAUGUAUUAUCUUCCCAACAGGCUCCAAGGCCUGGCAUAUGCGGCUGACCUUUGAACGGCUCUCAGGCGGUUGCAAUCUGCAUCGGUGCAAGCUUUGCGGCAAAGUGGUCACCCACAUACGCAACCAUUACCAUGUGCACUUUCCGGGCCGCUUCGAAUGUCCACUCUGCCGGGCGACCUACACCAGAAGCGAUAACCUGCGCACGCAUUGCAAAUUCAAGCAUCCGAUGUUCAACCCCGACACCAGAAAGUUCGAAAACAUGCUUUCCCCCACGAUGGCGUCGCAAGCGGCUGCGGCGGCAGCAGCCAUUUCGGCAGCGGCUGCCGCCGCAAACAGCAGCUUCAAGCCCGAUUUUUCUACCGCGGCCGCGGUCGCGAACAGCUUCAAGUCGGAGCAGUUCAGCAGCGCGGCGGCAGCGGUUGCCAAUUACGCGCUCGGGACGUUCAAGUCCGACUUCCCUCCCAUUCCGAACUCGUCCGCGGCGGCGGCUGCGGCGGCUGUAGCGGCGGCGGUUGCGGCCUCCGUCUCUCCGGGCAGCGGCAGCGGCGGUGGUGGAGGAGGUGGUGUUGGUAGUGUCGGAAGCGGUGGCAUUGGUAGUAGUAGUCUGGGCGGUGGCGGCGGCGGGGGCGGUGGUGGCGGCAGCGGAAGGAGUAGUAGUGGCGGUGGCAUGCUCGGUAUGCAUUCAGUAGCCGCCGCAGCCGCUGUUGCUGCCGGUGGAGGUGUCGCAGGCAUGAUGUCGACCGGUGCGGGAGUCAAUCGAGGAGGAGAUGGUGGCUGUGGCAGUAUCGGGGGAGAGGUUGGCAGUGUUGGAGGUGGUGGUGGUGGUGGUGGUGGUGGUGGAAGUAGUGUACGGGAUGGUAAUAACGGUGGCGAACUAUCCGACUGAUAUCAAAGCACACUAGCCGGUACUGAACAAUGGGAUGCAAAAGACUACUAUCGAGAUCACGCAGACGAUGACCACGACGAUGACGAUGUCCAACAUCAACCCGUUCGACAAACAGCACCACCACUACCAUCCGACAGGACGACGUCCCAUCACCUUCACAAGCAGCAACAACAGCCUACCGCAACGCCUCCCAUUCUGCCUCCCUUACCUUGCCCACUCCCUGGUAGUCGGGAACGGUGCCUCUAUCCGUAUCCGUCGGUUCAGUCUCCGCUGUCGUCACCGCCCUUAUGGCGCCCAGCUCAGCAGCUCGCGAAAGGUACAACGGCCACUACCGGUACAGAAAGAUCAUCACCGUCCUCCAGAAUGGAUUACGGGCCGGCGGGAGCGGUAUGCUACCCGACUAGCCGCAGUGGCGACAUCAGCUGUGCGGUAGCAACAACCGCAUGGUGGCAGCACCACAGCAUGAACUACGCUGAUAACAGCAAUAGUCGCUAUCGCAGCAGCAGUGUCGGUGGCAGCUCCAACACUACCGGCAGCGGUACGAACAUCGGCAUGGCCGCCUCAAAGCGCAACUGUAGCCUGUUUAGCCGCCACAACGCCAGCAGUUGUCUGCUGGAUCGUCGCACUGCUCAGCCGCCGAUGAUGCCGAUGACGACCCUAUACGGGUGCCGGUCGCUCUGCUCACCAUGCGGCAGUAGUUGCAGAUGUAGCAGUAGUAGUCGCUCUACCCUCUCCACUGCUCCGCAUCGGAGCUGCAUUUGGCGGGGUUACAAAUCACUGCCGACAACAACGCGUUCGGACUGGCCGCCAGGACCCCCUUCAGCGUCUACCACCGGACGCGCAGCAAGCGAAAGCACUGAAUGCCGACAAUACCGGCCGCAGCCGCCUCAUCUUUCACAUUAUCAACAACAGCAGCAGCAGCAGCAGCAGCAGCAACGUCAGCAAAAGUACCAGGAACAGCAGCAGCCACGCAGACGGCGACGACGGCAGAUGAAACGAUCCCAAGCGGGCAUGUGCGAGAAGCGCAUUCACGCCUAUCCGACCCAUGGUGCAGCUGCCAACCUCAAUCAGGGCGAGUUGUUGAAACCCAGUAAUCAAGGAUUCACGAAAGACAGUAACAGUCGUGUAGGUGUCGGCGUUGGCGUCGUCGGUGAUAGUGGUGGAGUUUCUAGUAGUAAUAAUAGUACCCAUCGUACAGGAGGGGGCACUGUCGUCUGUCAGCCGCAGCACUAGGUUAAGUCGCGCGUCAUCUUUGCUCUUGCUUUCGCUCCACUCGUACCUUUUGGUGUGGUUGUGUUCGACGGCUCUACACUAAGCCUUGCAUUCCCCCAACCCCUCUUCUCUCGCUCCCCCCCCCCCUCCAGCGACAAAGCUACACGAAAGCGCACCCUGAUUAGUAGCUGUCACACUAUCUGUGGAUUUGUUGUAGUGGUAUCUCUGCUUCGUCGCUCACACCUGUUGUAUGCUUUGUGAGUGGUUCGUUUGAAUGGGACUCGAUUUGCCGAUAGAGAGGUGUGAACGGUUUGAUACGGCGUAUUAGGAUAUCGACUGUCGGGAUUCGUAUGAGGACACCCUUUCCGCUCUCGCUCCCUCUUCCCCCCCUUGUUGUACAUUUACCAUUACUUAUAGUCGUUGAAGUUGAUUGUGUAUAGUUUUAUAAGAACGCAGCGUCCUAAGUACAGCUCGUAAGGGAUCGUUUUUCUCCUUCUCUCUCUCUCUCUCUCUAUAUAUAUCUCUCUAUCUAUCUUUUUAUUUCGUUAUGCUUGUACCUUUCCUUGUGUGUGACCGUACCUUGUUACCACCAACCUGCGCAAUCUCUACGUGCAUUUAACGCCAUACACACUCAUACACAUCUUCCUUAUACCAUAAUACUCUUCUCGCAAAGAGCGCAUCACGGCUCCCCCACUAGCGCUAUGUUUCAGUUACGAUUGUGUUGCAGUGUUUUCUUUUUCCCCCAGAAUUUUUUGUUAGUUUGUAUGGGUACUCAGCAUAAGCUUUUUUUUUUUAUUAUUCCAUUGUUGUUCUACAAGUUCGCGGAGUUGCGGCACAUAGCCCGGCUGGAAUAGUGACACUUCUCUAUUGCUACACAUAUAUUUUUCCUCUACACUUAGUCUUUACCAACAAAAAAGCCUCAACGUUCGGUAUAAUUGUUCAUGUGCAUGCGUUGAAAUAAUAAUAGCGGUUUUUUUGUUGUAUUUUCGUUGUUUCCGUUGUACUAGAAAUGUAAUCGAAUUAGUAAAGGGCAAGGAUAAUGAAUUGAAUACGACCCCAGCUGCGAACUUUAAGCUCAACAGAGGGCACAAACUGCCGAUGUGCUUGAUCGGCGUAUUAUGUUGAUGAUGGGCUUUCCAUAUUUAUAAUCCUAAUCCACAUAACACAUCCAGCAUCGAAUGAAAAGGGUAAGGAGAUAAAAGGGAGGGGCAGGGAGAGGGGCUUGGGUGCUGUAUUUGGGGAAGAGCGUGACAGAAAACUCAACUGUGUUUGAUUGGUAGCGUUUGUUGAGGUCGAAGUCGAUAAUUUCGGGAAAGCAUGUUGUUUGUUCGUCCAAAAACGGAACAACAGCGUAGGCCUGGGGGAAAGCACACCUGACAGUGUUACGGUAUCUUUAUCUAGUCACAUAUAGUGAACGUUUCCCGAGCCGUGUCUACGAGUUUGUUGACACGCAGUCGUUAGAAUAUUCUACCCAAAACAACCGCCACCGACUCUCCUAAACAUACACACGUGUACGCGCUGAGAGACAUUAUGUGUGUGUGUACACAGUUCUACUGAAUCUUGAUUAGUGCUCGCGCACACACUCACUGGCUGCCACUCCCUUGUAUCAUAUUGUUUGUAUUUAAUGUCAGCUGCCAACAACGCACUUGGCCGCGCUAACCGACCCAGUGUGCAAUUAAGCACUCACCUGGCCGAGAACUCACAGCAGAGCAACAGCAGUGCUUGUUGACGUUUUUGGCUAGUAGGAAGAGUGAGUGAGAUAUUAUGUGUGCAAUUUUGAAUUAGUAGUGACCGGGAGCGUGAAUGUCACAGUAAACCCGACAGCUGUGAACUGUGCUUCUUUUUUGUUUCGUUAAGUCUUGUUUGUAUUUUUUUUUGUUUAUUAUAUUUUGUGUUUCAUUGUUUA